UGAAAAUGUUGGAAAAUGUCUAGUGCUCGAAGAUUGGCAGGGGGAAUAAAGACAGGUGUAGGCUUGCUCCUUCCCUUGAUUAAAAAGAACCACCCAGAGUCUGUUACGCACUGUGCUGGGAUUGGCCCUCUGCAGCCGCCGUCCCUGAACUGUGCUUUUGGUCUCCUAGCAACAAGCGGCGGUUGCCGGGCAGCAGUUGGCUUGGGGUUGAUACCUGUGGAGAAUCUACUAAAUUGUACCCUGAAAAGACAGAAUGGAGAUGUCAAUGCCCCCACCUCAGAUAUAUGUAGAAAAAACUCUGGCUAUUAUCAAACCGGAUAUUGUGGACAAAGAGGAGGAGAUACAAGAUAUCAUUUUCAGAUCUGGAUUCACCAUUGUUCAGAGAAGAAAACUGCAUCUCAGCCCUGAGCACUGUAGUAACUUUUAUGUGGAACAGUAUGGGAAGAUGUUUUUCCCCAAUUUAACAGCUUACAUGAGUUCUGGACCACUUGUUGUCAUGAUAUUAGCUAGACAUAAAGCCAUCUCUUACUGGAAAGAACUUUUGGGACCAAGUAAUACCUUAGUAGCUAAAGAGACUCACCCAGACAGCCUAAGGGCAAUUUAUGGCACAGAUGACCUAAGGAAUGCACUUCAUGGGAGCAAUGAUUUUGCUGCAGCAGAAAGAGAAAUUCGAUUCAUGUUUCCUGAAGUGAUUAUUGAACCCAUUCCAGUUGGACAAGCUGCUAAGGAUUAUUUAAAUUUAUAUGUAACACCAACUCUGCUUGAAGGACUCACAGCACUUUGUAAGGAGAAACCAGCAGAUCCUUUUAAUUGGCUAGCUGAUUGGCUACUGAAAAAUAAUCCCAACAAGCCCAAGCUGUGUCACAAUCUGUCUGCAGAAGAACCUUGAAGUUCCUCAAAGAACAAAUCACUAUCUUACUGUGAAAGACAUGCUUCUACUUUAAAACAAACCUUCCUAAGGGGUUUAAGUAACUAUGUGCGAAAUGAGUUGUUUUUAGAAAUAUUUUAAACAAAUGACCGUGUUUUAUGCAUAAGAUAGCAUUACCUAAGGUAAAAUAUAGCUUUAGGGUAUAAUUUUUGUUCUCUAAUAAGAAAAUUGAUUUUAUUUAGAAGUAUUUAAAAUGUUAAUGAAACAAAUGUAUGUUUUUUUUGUGAUCAUAAAUGGGCAUCCAGUUAGGAGAACGGUUAAUUUAUAUAAGACACAUUAGAAACAACUGAAGAUGAAAAGACUAUGUGCCAAGAAAAACCUGCUUUCAAUUCCUGGGCCUCUUGACACACAGGCAAAGGUAGUGGCCACUGAAAUGCCACUAGGACAGGGUAGCUGAAGACACAUUUGAUGGUGUGUUUACUAUAUAGAAAAAGACACUACAGUUGAAAAACAAGUCUCACACAGUUCCAUUUCAGUUUUUUUUCUUCAAAAGGAGUGAGUUGUGUAUAGGGAGGUUAAAUAUCUUAGAGAUGAGAAAAAAAUUAGAACCCACUUUAUCAUCAUCAUCUUCAUCUUUAUCAUCCUCCUCUACUUCUCCAACUUCUCAUCCUCUUUUUCUUGUUUUCAGCUUUGAGGACUUUUUUUUUCUUGCCACAUAGACUUAUUUUCGUAUUUUGGUAUUUCAGCAAUUUAUCUAUUUUACCUGUUUUUCCUUGGCUUAGCAGCCUUCUUUUCCUAAGGCUUCUUGUCAUCUACAGCAGUGUUACUCCAUGUCUCUCCCAGUACAUCACCAGUGCAUAAGCCAGGAUGUUCUCCUUGGAUCUGGGGGCAAUAAUCAACAAGAAAAAGACUCAAGGUAGCCUCUGCGGUACAUCAGGAUUCUUGGACUUUGUUUUUAUUUCCCCUUUAGGAGGAAUGUAGGUUUCCUUGUCUGCAUUUGCCAUGUCUUCAAAAUUACCUUUCUCUUCUGUAGACAUGGUCUUUUACCUCUCUGAGCUCUUUUGGUAGAACUCUGAGAAGGUGACUAAAGCAUCUGGUUGCUUCUUGUGGUCCUCCUGGAAAGUUUGCACAAAGAGUGCCUAUAAUGGCAUUUUGCUUCUUGCUCUCUUAGGAUCUUCUUUGCCUGUGUAUAGUUAUUUUUUUCAGUGUGACCCAGAGUUACCCAGUGCAUUUCUGGCUCCCACCUGCCCUAGUCCUGUCUCUUUGGAGCUCAGAAUACUGUAACAGCUGUUGUCAGCUUAGGGUAUAACUUUAACAGUGAUGUAAUAUUAAGUAAUAGAAGACUGAUAAAAGAUGUUGCUGUAUUAUUUUUUUUUAAGUUAGCAAAGUAAGACAUGGAAUUUUUUUUUUUUUUGUAGGUCCUACAUGGGGCUUGAACUCACGACCCCAAGUCACAUGUUCUACCAAAUGAGCCAGCCAAGCACUCCAAGACACAGAAUUUUAUUUUAUUUUAUUUUUUUAAAGAUUUUAUUUAUUUAUUUGACAGAGAGAGAUUACAAGUAGGCAGAGAGGCAGGCAGAGAGAGAGAGGAGGAAGCAGGAUCCCGGCUGAGCAGAGAGCCCGAUGCGGGACUCGAUCCCAGGACCCUGAGAUCAUGACCUGAGCCGAAGGCAGCGGCUUAACCCACUGAGCCACCCAGGCGCCCGAAGACACAGAAUUUUAGUUUUGAUGUUUUCCUAAGCAUAUAUUAUAUAUCUAGAUGCAUUUAUAAUACACAGUUCAGACAGUUUAGUUUAAAAAGUUUAAGUAUAUAUAAGUUUAAGAAGCAACUAGAAAAAUUUAGAAUAUGGUAUGAUCUGCAGGAGAGAUCCAUCUUCUUAACAUAUUGGUGUCUUGAAAAAAAGGGACCACUUUAGACUUAAAGAGACUUAAGAUACAUAAUCAGAACCAAUACUAGUUUCUCGAUUGGACCCUGGUUUAUUUUACUUUAUUUUUUUAAAGACUUUAUUUAUUUGUUUGACAGAGGGAGACACAGCAAGGGAGGGAACACAUGCAGGGGGCCUAGGAGAGGGAAAGCAGGCUUCCCGCCAAGCAGGGAGCCUGAUACGGGGCUUGAUCCCAGGGCCCUGGGAUCAUGACCUGAGCUGAAGGCAGACGCUUAAUGACUGAGCCACCCAGGCGCCCCUUGACCCUGGUUUAGACGGAAAAGCUGCAAAGGACCUUUCUGAGACAACUGGGAAAAUUUUAAUCCAGAUUGAGUAUUAGAUGAGAUGAAAAUGUAUUGUCUUGGGAAGUAAAGAUUGUUAACUGGAAAAAACACGUUAUGAAGCAAUAUGCACAGCAUGAUCUCCUUGAUGAAAAAAAUACAUAUAUGUAUAUAUGUAGGGUAUGAUAUGGAAGGAUACCCAUCUGUUACAUAAUUAUUAUAUAAUCUCUGGAAGGUGGGAAUAUGCUCUUUUUUUUUUUUUUUAAGAUUUUAUUUAUUUAUUUGACAGAGAUCACAGGUAGGCAGAGAGAGGGGAGGGGAAACAGGCUACCCGCUGAGCAGAGAGCCCCAUGCGGGGCUCAAUCACAGAACCCUGGGAUCAUGAUCUGACCCUGAACCACCCAGGCACCCCUGCUCUUUUGUUUUAAUUUUUGUUUAGCAGGGCACCUGGGUGGUUCAGUUGGUUAAGCAUCUGCCUUCAGCUCAGGUCAUGAUCCUAGGGUCCUGAGAUUAAGCCCCACAUUUUCAGGCUCCCUGCUCAAUGGGCAGUUUGCUUCUCCCUCUGCUGCUCCCCACUGCUUGUGCCCUCUUGCUAGCACUUGCUCUCUCUCAAAAAUCUUUUAAAAAAUAAAUUUUUACUUAGCUGUAUUUAAAAUUUUUCUGCAGUGUUCAUGUUCAACUGCUUUUGCAAUUUUUUCUAAGGUUUAAAAAGAUCCA